CUUGGAUCAAACUCGUGCAUUGUGAAAACGUUUGAAGUYUAUUGAGUUUUUGAAAACUUUAAACUGGUUAUGGUYUAAGUUAGCAUGGAGACAAUACUAGAACAGCAAAGACGGCUUCAUGAGGAGCGCGAAAGGCUUGAAGAURCWAUGACAAAUGACAUGCUUCAAAAAAUAAACAAGAAAUCGACGGGAAAGGAAAGAAUCAACGUCGAUCAUCGCAUACGGACUUUGCUUGAGAGAGCUGUGGAAGUUGCUGAUAAUGCCUCUAAGCUUUAUGAAGAUAAUGAUGGGCUUAGAAAGGAAGAAGUUCAUGCCUUAUCAGGACCAAAUGAAUUUGCRGAAUUCUACAGCAGACUGCGAAGCUUGAAAGAAUAUCACAGAAAAUAUCCUAACGAGAUUGCAGAGCCAAUGCAGAUGGAGUUUCUAAAGUUAAAAGACAGCGAUCAUGGUGAUGAAAAUAAAGAUGCCAGUAGUGCGUUAACUCACUCAGGAGCACAUCUAGAUUUAUCAGCUUUCUCAUCUCCAGAGGAACUUGCUUCGUUAGGUCUGGAUAGGCUUAAACGAGCAUUGCAAGCUCUUGGUCUUAAGUGUGGAGGUACACUAGAAGAGAGAGCCCAGAGGUUGUUCUCCACAAAAGGUGUACCUUUAGAGAAGCUUGAWCCAUCAUUGUUUGCUAAAUCAAGGGCAGGAAAAGGAAGAGAGAGCUCUGAGAAGCAAAAGGAAAUAGCAAAUCUAGAAGCCCAAGUCUAUCACUUGACUGAACUGUUAGGGGAACAACGACAAGCUACUCGUGAGAAUGUAGAAAGAAAACAAGCAAGAACUUCAGAUGAAUUAGAGGAGGAGGAGGAACACGAGGAAGGUCAUGAAUCAGAAUCAGACGAUGAGGAGACUGUUUUAUACAACCCUAAAAACCUGCCCCUUGGCUGGGAUGGCAAGCCUAUUCCAUAUUGGUUAUAUAAACUACAUGGUCUUAACAUUAGCUACAGCUGUGAGAUUUGUGGAAACCAAACCUACAGGGGUCCUAAAGCUUUCCAAAGACACUUUGCUGAAUGGCGUCACGCACAUGGAAUGAGAUGUCUUGGAAUACCAAACACGGCUCAUUUCGCUAACGUAACUCUUAUCGAAGACGCUGUUGCACUUUGGCAGAAGCUCAAGUCAACCAARUCAAAGGAGAGAUGGCAAGCRGAYCAGGAUGAGGAAUGCGAAGACUCGAAGGGAAACGUCGUCAACAAGAAAGUGUUYGAGGAUCUUAGUCGCCAGGGAUUAUUGUAAACUUCMAYUCGGGCCUCACUCGGGAUUCAUUCGGGCCUUACUCGAYGCAUUUUCGUAGUGUUCUUCGUCUCACAWUGAUUGAARAACAACACAAAAAUGCUACCAAAYGCAUAGCCAUGGACCUAGCUCACUCAAAAAUCGUUUUAGAUCAGUAGUAGUUAUCUUUAAUGAAUAUACACAGGCCUCAUACAUGUCGCAAUGAUACGAUAGUCAUAUUUCUUUUUACUGGAUUCAAGGAACAGGAAAUUUGAAUAAAGUAUUUGUAUCUGAAAUGUUUUCAUUUUUUCUAAAUAUAGCAUUUUUUACGUCGAAUUUCAUAGAAAUUAAAGAUUGUAGAAAUAAAAUUUG